AUGAACGUCUCGACUGAAGCAACCGAUGACAGGGUUGCUACGCUUGAAGGGACUUUCGACGAGAUCCAUGGUUCUACGUACUUGGAAAGAGAUUCACGCGGUCUUGCACGUCUCGGAAAGUCGCAGGUGCUGAAGCGACGAUUUGGGUUUCUCUCCAUUUUUGGCUUCAGCUGCUGUAUCCUCGCUACGUGGGAGACGGCAUUGGCGCUCUUAGGGGAGGCAUUCUCCAAUGGUGGACCAGCCGGUUUGGCGUGGGGAUUCCCCAUCGUCUGGAUGUGUUCAUUAUCCGUUUAUUUAUGCUUGGCCGAGAUGGCGUCCAUCGCACCCAUCUCUGGGGGACAAUACUUUUGGGUCGCGAUUCUUGCGCCUCGAAAGUACAAGCGAUUUUGUGGCUAUCUAACAGGGUUGCUAACUUCAAUUGCAUGGAUCGCAGUCCUUGCUGUGGGCAGCAUUUUUACGGGCACGAUGGUUCAAGGGCUCAUCAUCUUGAACUAUCCAGACUAUGAACCUAAGGCUCUUCAUGGGGCACUCUUGGCUUGGGCAGUGAUUGCCGUAAGCAUUUUUGUCAAUACUGUAAUUGCUGGGCUCCUGCCCGUCCUCGAAGGAGUCAUCCUUCUAAUACAUAUUCUGGGGUUCAUUGCUAUAAUGACCUCGCUAUUGUACCUGUCGCCACACAGCUCGGUAGAGGAUGUCUUCUUUCGCUCUGUGAAUGGAGGCAACUGGCCGACCCAAGGCCUUUCAUAUUGCAUUGGCUUCGUCGGUAACGUGGCAACCUUCGUCGGAGCGGAUGCGGCUGUUCAUAUGUCGGAAGAGAUAGAAAAUGCGGCGAUGAACGUCCCUCGGGCCAUUUUCACCACGGUCUUACUCAAUGGCACUAUGGGAUGGGCGAUGGUGCUUGCCGCACUCUUCUGUCUUGGCGAUAUUGAGUCUGUUAUUAACUCACCCACUGGCUUUCCAUUUAUACAAAUCUUCUAUAAUGGGACUGGCAGAGCUGGGGCUACGAUCAUGACGGCAAUAAUUAUAGUCAUGAUUUGGUGUGCUGUCAUCGGUUUCGCUGCCACGGCAAGCCGGAUGACCUGGUCAUUUGCAAGAGACCACGGCCUACCAUUCCACCAUUUUAUCCGGAAGGUCGACGCCCGUACGCGGAUCCCAAUGGUGGCAGUCGCCGUGGUGAACAUCAUCCCGUGUUUGUUGAACCUGAUUUAUAUUGGCUCACCGACUGCAUAUAAUGAUGUUAUAUCCAUGUCAGUGGCUGGUCUCUACGCGUCCUACCUCAUCCCGUGCAGUUUCCUCCUCUGGCGCCGUGUCACUGGACAAAUCAAGCCGUAUGGGAUAGACGAAAACCCCGGGGCAGCAACAUUCACCGGACAAGACAGACAGUCCAGCGUGCCGGGCCCGCUGACAAUGGAGGACGAUGGUGACUUUGAAACGGUUCUCGAAGAACCAGAACUGCACUGGGGCCCUUGGCGUGUGCCUGGGCUGCUGGGUACUAUAAACAACAGCUUCGCCUGCGUCUUCUGCGUAUGGGUGCUGUUCUGGGGCUUCUGGCCACCUAUCACACCCGUAACUAAGGAGAAUAUGAACUACAGCGUACUAGUUUUAGGCACCAUCAUUAUUUUCGCGAUCGCCCGCUACUUUCUGGGAGGUAAGAUCGGGUACAGGGGCCCAUUGGUAGACUAUGAAGUGAAAGGCUUUGCCACUCGUCGACGUGCCGGGGUUUAA